AAGGUUCUUUAGUGGGGAAUCUUGCAAAGGAUCUAGGACUGAGUCUCAAAGGACUGGCAAUUCGCAAAAUGCAUGCCAUCUCUCUGGACGAGGUGCAGUAUUUCACAAUCAGUGCAGAAAAUGGAAACCUCUGUGUGAAUGACAGGAUAGAUAGGGAAGAAAUAUGUGGCCGUAUCCCACUGUGUGUUCUUAAUCUUAAAGUGGUUAUUGAAAAUCCGUUAAAUAUUUACCAUCUAAAAAUAGAGAUACAAGACAUUAAUGAUAAUUCUCCACAGUUUCUCAGUAGCAUAAUCCAGUUGGAGAUAAUUGAAACAACACAAAUAGGCACCAGAUUCCUUCUUGGGAAUGCCAAAGAUCCAGACAUUGGCACAAACGCUUUACAGAAUUAUCAUCUUAGCACCAAUCCUUACUUUACUUUGGAUGUGAAAGAGAGUCAAGAUGGAAAUAAAUUUGCAGAUUUAGUACUGCAGAAACCACUUGAUCGCGAGAGUGAACCAACGGUUCAGAUAACACUUACUGCGCUAGAUGGCGGGAAACCCAGAAAAACUGGAACAGCCCAAAUAUGGAUCAAUGUCACCGAUGCCAAUGAUAAUCCACCUAUAUUCACCCAAGAAGUCUACACAGUCAAUCUGAGGGAAAACCUACCAGUUGGGUUCCUAGUGCUGCAACUUGUAGCUUCAGAUAAAGAUGAAGGCUCAAAUGCACAAAUUAGAUAUUAUUUCAGCAAUAUACCGCUGAAUGCAAAUAAGAAGUUCAGCCUAGAUUCAACCAGUGGAAUGAUUUCUCUUGUGGAACCAUUGGAUUUUGAGGAAAACUCAGAAUAUGUGAUGACUGUAGCAGCAAAAGAUGGAGGUGGAUCAAUGACCCAUUGUAAAGUAGAACUAAAAAUCCUUGAUGAGAAUGAUAAUGUGCCAGAAAUGAUGUUCGCGUCCAUUUUUAAUCCAAUUCUGGAAGAUUCACAGACUGGAACAGUUAUUGCUCUAAUUAAAACAAAUGACAAAGACAUGGCCGAUAAUGGAAAGGUCAUUUGUUUUUUAGAAAAUGACUUGCCAUUCAAGAUUCUUCCAUCAUCUGACAACUACUACACUCUUUUGAUAGAUAAACCUUUGGAUAGGGAAAAAGCAUCUCAGUAUAAUAUUAAAAUCACAGCCAUUGACAAAGGAACACCUCCAUUAACUACCCACAAAACCAUCUUACUGCAGAUCUCUGAUAUCAAUGACAAUGCUCCUGCUUUUGAAAAAACUUCCUAUAGCAUCUAUGUGCCAGAGAACAAUCCUUCUGGUGCCUCCAUCUUCCAGAUUCAAGCCGUUGAUCCGGAUGUAGAUCAAAACUCACAGAUCACAUAUUCAAUCCUCACCAGCAACAUUGAAGAACUUCCCAUCUCUUCCUAUAUCUCCAUUCACUCUGAGACUGGCAUCAUCUAUGCACAGCGAUCCUUUGACUAUGAGCAGUUCAGGGAAUUCCAGUUGCAGGUGAAGGCCCAAGAUGGCGGUAGUCCCCCUCUCAGCAGCAACGUCACAGUCAGGGUGUUUAUCCUGGACCGGAAUGACAACAGCCCCCAAAUCCUGUCCCCUUCAUCAGACUCCAAGGACUCUGCCCUCUUUGAGAUGGUCCCUCGUUCAGCAGAGGCAGAUUAUCUGGUAACAAAGGUGGUGGCUGUGGAUGCUGAUUCUGGACACAAUGCCUGGCUCUCCUACCAGCUGAUUCAAGCCACAGAACCAGCACUCUUCACUGUUGGCUCCCAUACGGGUGAGAUCAGGACAGCUAGAACCUUUUUGGAAAGAGAUACUGUGAAACAGAGACUGGUCCUUCUGGUGAAGGAUAAUGGACAACCGACUCUCUCGGCCUCUGUCACUCUGAACCUGGUGUUUGCUGAGAACUUCCAGGAGGCCCUUCCAGAGAUGAAAAACCAGAUGAAGAGUUUAGAGGAUCAGUCGGACUUGCAGUUCUAUUUGGUGGUGGCCUUAGCUGUGAUGUCAUUUUUAUUCCUCUUGUCAGUGAUUCUGGCCAUUGCCAUCAAACUCAGGCAGUCAGGGAAUUCCAGUUUCUUACCAUGUUUUGCUCCUGUUUCCCAUUCCACAGCUGGGGUCAUAUUUCCACCCAGUUUUCAAGAUGGGACUCUGCCUUAUUCCUACCAGCUUUGCCUCUCCUCAGAAUCCAGAAAAAAUGAAUUUACUUUUCUGGCACCAAACAUUCAUGUUGCAGAGAAUGUGCUUUGUGCUGAAAAAACUGAGGUGCCUCUUUCAAGCAACAGAGGAAAAACAUUACAACCCGAGAUGGAGAAUAAUGGGAAGUUCCACUUUAAGAGCAAAACGCCAUUCAAGAGGAUAGUUUCCAGUUUCAGAACAAUCUUCUUCCUGAAAAGUGCCCAUCAUCUGGCACUAUGAACAUACAAUAUUGGCUCUUUAUUUAGUUUGCAACUACUUUUUAGGGAAUGACUUUCAACAGCUUAUCCAUCUGACCUGUGAUUGAUUGAUUGAUUUAGUUUAAAUGCUACCCAUCUUAUUAGCAAAGCAACUCUGUAUGUCUUACAUCACAAUGUGGGUUUGGGCUGUAUUUCAACCUCUUUUCUAACUUCUUGCUCCCUUUCUGGAACACUCAGAAACUUGAAAAUACUUUGCUU